AUGGAAGUGAUCAAGAUGAUGAAGGAGAUGAUGCUGUUAUUAAUGGUGGUAAUGAUUUGGAUGAGCAAUAAUAAUGGUGCAGUGGUAGGUGUUGUGAAUUACACAGUUGGAGGAGACAAUGGAGGAUGGGACCAAUCCACAGAUCUUGCAUCAUGGUCUUCUGCCCAAACCUUCCAUCCUCAAGACAUCUUGAUUUUUGAAUACACCCGGAAUCACAAUGUGCUUGAAGUUUCCGCGGCGGACUUCGCCACCUGCACCACCACGAACCCUCUCCGGCCGCCGCAGCCCCCUGGCACCACUCGCACCGUCAUCCCCCUCACUGCCGCCGGCUCUCGAUAUUUUAUAUGCGGCACACUUGGUCACUGCGUCUCCAGCAUGAAGCUCCAAGUCAACACGGUCGUCGCUGCCGGCCAACAGCCGCCCUCCAGCACCCCAACAGUCCCGUCGCCGCCACCCUCCAACACCCCAACUGUCCCAUCGCAGCCGCCGCCUCCUCCUCCUCCUCACUGGUCAACUCAUUCCCCGGCACCAAAGAGCAGUAAGAUUCCGUCAGGAACAGGAAACAAGGCAGCCGCACCUUCUCCACGUGGAUCACUGGCUCCGCCGCCAGCUCCAUCAUCCGCCACUAGACUCAACGUGAUGGGCGGUGUUGCCGCCGCAUGCGUCGGUUUUCUCAUCACGUUGAUUUGA